AUGUCUUCCCUCCGCGAGCACGAGCGUGAUGACGCAGGAAGCGAUGGUGCCCCCGACGCGAAGCGUCAGCGUGUCGACGACCAGGAAGAUGUACCAGACCCACACGUGAUCACCAUCGUGAUCAAGGAUCACGUGGACCCCUUCAAAAUCGACAAGGAGAUGGCGAUGACGCACUCGGUCUAUUUUGAGCGCAUCAUGAGCGGCCCAUGGGCCAAUGCGAGGACAGGUGUCGUCGAGCUCGAGGAGGGCGAUCAUGCAUCGCCAUACAACGUCGACAUGUUCAUUAGAUACGUCGAAUACGCCGAGGACCCCGAGGGCGAAGUUGACCCUCUCGACGAAAUCAAUGAUUUCAACACUUUCGCGAAGCUGUGGCUCUUCGCCGACUACAUCCAGAGCAACACGCUCGCCAACGCCAUCAUGGACCAGAUCGCCGGCGAGGCAGACGGCUCGGACGGGAUGCUGAUGAGCAAGGAGGAUUUCAUGUUCUGGUGGAAUGAGACCGAUGCCCGCCCCUCCUUCGCCAACCUGCGCGGCAUCAUGGUUGCCAUGCUGGUGGAGUCCGGCAACAUCCAGGACGACACCAGUCGUCACGAGCUCAUGCCGUUGCUGCCGGCCGAUGCACAGCAGGCCAUCGUUGACGAGUUGAUGCGUCAGCAUCGAGAUGUCAAGUAUGAGAUCGAGGAGGGCGCCGAAAAGCUGAGGGAUCACCUCAGUGCCCAGGGCAGGAGGGUCCUUAACCAGAUCCGUACUCGAAUGGACCAGAAGGUGGUUGGAGAAGACUACCACGCGGCGUACGGCAACUAA